GAAUUCUCAACAUUUUAGAUUUCAUUAAUAGUUCAAAACUUUGCACCCGGAAUAUAAAGCUGAAAUAACUCCAGCUCAUAAAUCACACUGAAAAAGAAGGUAGCCCCCGCCGCCCCCGCCUUCCUGCCCGGCUCCGGCGGCGAGGAGCCGCCACCCUCCACCACCGCCCAAAGCUAAUCUCCUCCAAUGUUUCUACUCCCCCAUGUCUUCUUUGUCAAGUUCUUCCGAGCUCCCCCGCCGCCGUCAGCCCCCCGCACGGCUCCGGCGGCGCAACGCCGCCGACGCGAACCAAUUGAAGAUCGACACCCCCGCAACCUCCACUGCCCAACCGGGGGUCCCCCUCCGCCCGGCUCCGGCGGCGCCUCGCCUCCUCCGCUCCCCGCCGUCUCGACCGCCACCACCGUCGGCCGGCGAGCCCCCCGAGCCUCCUUCUAGGCCCGGAGAGCACAGGAAAAGUGCUGCUGAACCGUGGCAUGGAAAAGAGAGGACCAAAGUUGAGGGAAGGAACAAAAAUAAGCUCCAGCUGGAAAAAGGUAAUGUGAUUUCUGAUCCUACAGUUUUCCCAUACAGGAGAUUGCAUUUGGAACUUUACCGGCGAAGUUACUGUUCAGAGGACUAUCAUGUGGCUAUAUCCAGAGGAUCUACUUGUAUUAAGACUUCACAUUAGCUAAGGAGAGGUAGGCAGUUUGGCAUAAACUUCUAAGCAUUUUAAUUGGUCAUAAAAGAAGCUCAUUUGUUACGCAGGUAGUAACCCUUCUGUGAGAUGCCUGUGCAAUCCCAUGAAUCAUGACAUUCAGUUUUGCCCGUGAUGUUGUAUUUUUUGGUUCAGGGCAGGAGGGUGUGGCAAAUUUGUUUGUGUAAAAUAGGCUAUUAUGAACCUUAAUUUUGGCAGACUAGGUUCUUGUAUUUGCACAUAAGAUCUGGGAUCUUGUACUGUGCAUUUUUUGGUCCUGGGCAAUUUUUUCUGUGUUGUGUGCUUGC